CAAGAGUGUAUUCAGAAAGAUACUGUACUCGAAUACACACACACUCUGAGUGUAUAACGUACAGAAGUGCAGAGAAAAGCUGUCUUUUCCUUUCAGUACAAUAAUUGUCCUCUUAUACCUGGGCUGGAUUUAAGGCAUUGCUAGUCUUAUCUUCCAGCACCUAGUAUCAUCUUUGCACUUGUCUGACAAACAGUGCACGACAAUUUGUUGCAGUCUGAGGCAUUUUCUAAAAAGACAGGGUACCAUGAAAAUCCUCGUAGCUUUUGCUGUAAUUCUCCUGGUUUCUGCACAAGUUUUAGCCGCAGAUAUAGGACUAAAUGAAGACAUCGACUGGCCUUACAGUGACCAAAUCCAGGAAGAGCUGCAGGGACCAGUUUUUGAAAGUUUACUUCAGAGAAUCGCAAGAAAACCUAGACCUGAACAGUUCUACGGUUUAAUGGGAAAACGUAACAAUGGAUUUGGUCAGAUUUCACGCAAAAGAUUUGGUCAAAUAUCUCGCAAACGGUUUAAAUCAGAUGCCUUUUAUGGACUUAUGGGCAAAAGAUCUUUAUACUCUGGGUCAUCAGAAAGAAAUACACUACAGAAUUAUGAAAGAAGACGUAAAUGAGAACUUCCUUAUGCUAUCCGUUAAACUUCAUUCAUUGAAAAUGAAGAUGAAGUGUAUUAUAUAAUACCCAGUGUAAAAUGAAUACUUAUUUAUUUUAAGAUCUAUUGUUUUAGCUUGUACAUUCAAUAAAUUUAUUAUUUUUAAUAGUGUGGCAAUGAUAUUUGCUAUCUAAAUGUGCUGUGAUUUCCCCAUUCUUACUCUUUACAAACUACUGGAAGACUACUGGAAGAGGCAAAAAUACAUCAGUGAUCUAAGUGAAGAGACCCAUUCGCCAAUUCUAAAAUUCCCCCAAAAAUAUUGUUUCAUUAUAUUCAUUUCCAAAGCAGUGAACAAUCAGCGUCAAGUUCAGUGAGACAAAUCGUUUCCUAGUUUUGAAAAAAAAAAAUGGUGUAAUUUUGUCUUCAAUUACAAAUCAGUAUCAUUGCAGCAUGUUCUUAUUUUCAAAUGUGAAUCAAAAGUCUUCAUUUCACAGUCUAGAUUUUUUCUGAUAGUGGCACUUUGAAUAAAAAAACUUGAGAUUUUGCAACA